GUAACUACUCAUCUGGUAGAUUCAAAUCAUACUAAUCAAACCACGUUCUGUGUUUUACCAUGACCACUAUAUCUGAAGAAGAAAUCCUUGCAUCAUACCCUCAAGUCAAUGCCCCUACCGAUCAAACCGGGUACACUUCUAACCUCACUGAAGAGCAAAAACAAUUAGUCAUUGACUUGCGUAAGCGACUUCAGGAACUUGGAUAUAAGAGCAGAUUAGAUGAUGCUCUGAUGUUACGAUUCCUCAGAGCUAGAAAGUUCGAUUUGGAAAAGUCUCUUGAGAUGUUUGUCAAUUGUGAAAAGUGGAGGGAAGAGUUUGGUGUCAAUACUAUUUUACAAGAUUUCCACUAUCAGGAAAAGCCAAUCGUGGCCCUGAUGUAUCCACAAUACUACCACAAGACUGAUAAGGAUGGUCGUCCUGUUUACUUUGAAGAAUUGGGUAAAGUUGAUUUAUACCAAAUGCUUAAAAUUACCACUCAAGAAAGAAUGUUGAAGAAUUUGGUAUGGGAAUACGAAUCUAUGGUUCAAUACAGAUUACCUGCUUGUUCCAGGCAAGCUGGUUAUCUUGUAGAAACUUCGUGUACCAUUUUGGAUUUAAAGGGUAUUUCCGUUAGUUCUGCAUAUAGUGUCAUUGGAUAUGUUAGAGAAGCAUCUAAGAUUGGUCAAGAUUACUACCCAGAAAGAAUGGGUAAGUUUUAUUUAAUCAAUGCACCAUUUGGAUUUGCCACUGCGUUCAAGUUGUUUAAGCCAUUCUUGGAUCCAGUCACUGUUUCCAAGAUUUUCAUUUUGAGUUCUUCGUACCAAAAGGAAUUGUUGAAGCAAAUUCCACCACAAAACUUGCCAACCAAAUUCGGGGGGUUAUCUCAAGUUACCGAUCAAGAAUUAUUGUUGAAUGAUGUGGGACCAUGGAGAGAUCCAAAGUACAUUGGUCCUGAAGGCGAGGCCCCAAGAUCAUUCCAAACAUAAACUUGCUUACGAGGGUAGCAUACAAGUGAAGUUAAUAGAAAGUGAGCGGAUCAAGCUUGUGAUAAUAAACUAAUAAUACCAAGUCGGCCAGUUGUAUAGAAGAUGAUACACCAGUUAUUUUUAUAUUAAUAUACAUAUAAACUUAGUGAUUGUUCGUAAUAAUACGUCGUACGUAUUGCAGAUAACGAUGUGUGCAUUUGAAGAAUAGACGGCGACGUAAGGCAGAGAUGCGUCAGUUUUGGAGGUGAAUUUGAAAAAAAAAGGGGGUAAAUAAUGAGCACUUGAAAUAUAAACAAUUGCUUUUCUAAUUAUAAUUGGGAUGAGGCUAACAAGUUUUGCUUUCUUGUGUAGAUUUCUGUCGAGUCCUGUGCAGUGCUGUGAGACUAGUUCAGAUUAGCAGCUACUGCAUUAGCUAAGUGUAUAUAGACUUCUGCCAAUGCAACCAGACAGUGCCGACUACGGAAUUCGCGUUCGUUCCAAGUCUGGGAAUCAACAACGCGAAAUAAUUAUAGCCAAGAAGUAACACACAAUGUUAUCAUUGUCAAUUGAAGUUGGACCUGUCGUCACUUUUUUUCGAUACGAGAUUUCACAGUGGAUACUUAUUACCACAAAAGGAUAUAUAUACAUAAUUUAUUCGGUAUAAUAACCAUACAAUUCUCACGGGAUUAAACAGUUACAACAUGGUAAGUCCGAUUUGAUAUCGGAUGUCGUUCAACUAGAGCUCAAGAACUUAGUCUGGUCAAUCCCCACCGAAAUGGUUCGCCUCGCAGUUUUCUCAUCCCCUCGCCCCCAUUGUUCUCAUCAAAGCCUGAAAAAAAAAGAAGAAAAAUAAAAUCAUCUUCCACCAAUUCUAGAUCUUUCUAUUCCUCAUCAUGCAAAUACUCUAUACCCUAUAUAUACUACUUAGUCUAAUAACCACAGUAGUAGCUAAAACUCAUACAUUCCAUUGGAAUGUAUCUUGGGUGAUGGCAAACCCAGAUGGUCUCCACGAAAGACGUAUGGUUGGGAUCAAUAAUGUAUGGCCUCCACCAACAAUCCGCGUUAAUGCAAAUGAUCGAGUUGUACUCCACUUAACUAACUCCCUUGGUGAAUUCAAUACUUCACUUCAUUUUCAUGGUCUCUUUGUUAAGGGAUUUAAUGCCCAUGACGGGCCCGAGAUGGUUACACAAUGUCCCAUCCCUCCUGGAGCUACCUUCAUUCAUGAUUUCAAUGUGGGUGAUCAAACAGGUACUUUUUGGUACCAUUCACAUACUGGAAGUCAAUAUGGUGAUGGAUUAAGAGGUGUGUUUAUAAUAGAGGACCCUCAGGGGUUCCCCUAUGAUUAUGAUGAAGAAGUAGUGUUGACAGUGGGUGAUCACUACCAUAAAGAAACUCAAGACAUUAUGAAAAGUUUUAAAACUAGGUUUAAUCCUACUGGAGCAGAACCUGUGCCUCAAAAUAGUUUGUUCAACGAAACCAGAAAUGUUACUUGGUCUAUUGAACCCGAAAAGACUUACCUUGUUAGAAUCGUCAACACGGGGUUGUUUCCAUCGCAUUAUUUGUACAUUGAAGAUCAUAGUGUUACAAUUAUAGAAAUUGAUGGUAUAGCCGUGGAGCCGUUUGAAGUAGAUUCAUUAUACAUCACCGUGGCUCAGAGAUAUGUCGUGUUACUCAAGACCAAAAAGUCUAUCAACAAGAAUUAUAGAAUUGUGAAUGUAUUGGAUCGUGAUAUGUUGGAUUAUGUACCUCUGGAUUUACACCUUGUAUCUACAAACUGGUUAGUUUACAAUGAGUAUGUUCCCAAGCCUGAUCCAUUACCUUAUUUUGAUUUCGACACCGUCGUAAAUGCAUUACCCGAAUUCGAUGACGAUCAAUUCAAACCAAAAUCAAAGCAACCACUUUUACCUGAUCCCGACAUGGUUAUCCAAGUCAAUUUCACCAUGGAUAUGUUGGGUGAUGGGAUAACAUAUGCUCUUUUCAAUGGAAAGUCCUAUACUCAACCUAAAGUCCCUACAUUAUAUACUGCCCUUUCAAGUGGUAACUUAUCAUUCCACCAAUCAGUAUAUGGAAGUAACACCAAUACCUUUGUGAUCCAUGGUGAUGAAGUCAUAGAUAUUGUGUUAAACAACCAUGAUCCUGGUAAGCACCCAUUCCAUUUACAUGGACAUGCAUUCCAAGUCAUAUCUAGAUUUAACUCCGAUGAUGAAGACAAUCCAUUAGAUUUUGAUCCAAAUAAUUCCACCAUGACAGACUAUCCUGAGUUCCCUAUGGUUAGAGAUACAGUUUUGGUCGAUCCUAACGGGUUCCUUGUAAUUAGGUUCAAAGCUGAUAAUCCAGGGGUGUGGUUUUUCCAUUGCCAUUUAGAUUGGCAUCUUGAACAAGGAUUAGCCCUUGUUUUGGUUGAAGCACCUGACAUCUUACAGAAAACCCAAAGUAAAAUACCGCAAAAUCAUAUUGAUGUAUGUGAUGCCGUGAAUAUUCCCCACCUUGGUAACGCCGCAGGAAAUCGGGAUUUCCUUGAUUUGCACGGUGAAAACGUCCAAGCUGAUUGGUUACCUAUGGGAUUCACUACUAGAGGUUACGUUGCAAUUGUGGUUUGUGGGUUGUUUGCAAUUUACGGUAUUUGGAGUAUUUACAAGUAUGGUAUUGAAGAUGUCAGUAAGGAUAACUCAGCAGCAGUUAUCUCCAAAUUGUAUAAAAUUUUGGAAGAGUAUGACAGUACUGCUAACCGUUAACGGAGGAUACCCCACACAAAAUGGUGCGGAUCGGUUGCUAUUACCCUCGCUACAUAUUGCGGCAAACGGCAUCCGCCUAGGAAAAAAAAAGUUAAAAUUAUCUGACAGAUAAGACCAUGAAUUUUUCACUAUUUAAAUAGUUGAAUAUUCCUGUUUUUCUAUAUAUAUAUAUAUAAGAUUGCAUUUAAGAAUAAUGACAAA